AUGGCGAAACUUUGUCUUAAAAAGGCUAGCAAGAGAAAGUCUUUUGCCAAACAAUACAAGAUCCAGAAGAAAGUAAAAGAGCACAAUAAGAAGAGUCGCAAAGAGGCAAGACUUCAGAAACAGAAAGGUAAAGCUGCUAAACCAAUCGCCGUGCCAAAUUCGUGCCCUUUUAAAGAAGAAAUUUUGCUUGAAGCUGAAAAAGCUCGAGAAGCUCUUGAACAACAAAGAGAGGCUCGCAAAGAAGCGGCUCGUGCACUCGAACAAGAGCGAAAAGCCGGAAAACGAAAGCUUGUGGGCGGAGGACUUGAUGAUCUUGUAGCAAAAGCCGCCAAAGAGGAAAAACAAUUUGCCAAGGGUCGUGAAGCUGAGGAGGAAUUUGGCAAAAAUGAAAAACUGGCCGAUAAGAGUGUUAAGGUAUACGCCGCUGAAGUGAGAAAAACGAUAGAAACAGCAGAUAUUAUCAUUGAAGUUUUGGAUGCGCGCGACCCACUCGGAAGCCGAUCAAAGACCGUGGAAGAACAAGUUGUCAAUUCUGGAAAACGUUUGGUGUUACUUCUUAACAAAAUUGAUUUGGUUCCAAAGGAAAAUGUUAUUGCGUGGCUGAAAUAUCUUCGUCUUUCUUUCCCGACAAUCGCCUUUAAAGCAAGCACACAGGAGCAAAACUCGAAAUUGGGACGUUUUGGUGGAUCCAAUUUGUCGAACUCAUUUUCUGCAAAAUGUAUUGGUGCUGAUUUGGUGAUGAAAUUACUGGGCAACUAUUGCCGAAACAAGGACAUCAAAACAAGCAUUCGUGUAGGACUUGUCGGUUAUCCUAACGUGGGGAAAAGUUCGGUGAUCAAUUCGUUGAAGCGAAAACGAGCAUGCAAUGUCGGAGCUACGCCUGGAGUCACCAAACAAAUUCAAGAAGUUGAGCUAGACAAGAACAUCAGAUUGCUCGAUUCACCUGGAGUGGUUCUUGCCACCAAAAGUCAAGUCGAUACUGUUGAGGUGGCGCUUAAAAAUGCAAUCCGAGUCGAGAAUCUCGCUGAUCCCGUUUCACCCGUUCAAGCUAUUCUACGUCGCUGCACAAAAGAAACGUUAAUGCUUCACUACGUGAUUGCUGAUUUUUCAUCAUGUGAGCACUUCUUGGCUCUGGUUGCGCGAAAACUUGGACGCUUGAAGAAAGGGGGUGUGCCGGACAUCAAUGCUGCUGCUCGACACGUGCUCAAUGAUUGGAAUAGUGGCCGGCUUCGUUAUUAUACUCAACCUCCCGAGCAAGCACCAGUCAAUGAAAACUUGGAAGCUGCUCAAAUAGUGGCCCAAUUCAGCAAAGAGUUUGAUAUCGACGCUUUGGAAGGCGAUCUUCAAAAUUUGGUGGAAGAUUUACCAAUGGAUUCUGCGAGUGAUGUUGCUACAACUUACAAGAACGAUGGACCAGCUCCUACUGAGCGAUGGGGCGAUGAAGAAAGUGAUGAUGACGAUAUGGAAAUGGACCAACAGGGCGGAAAGACGAUCGUUGUUGCAAAGGACAAGAAACCAAAGCGAUCUGAUCGAGAAACCAACAAGGAUCUUGAUUUGCCAGAAUCGUUGGCUCUCGGUGGAAAUGUACAACUCAAUCGAUCUAUCAAAAAGGCGGUGAAGAAACAGAAAAAGAACCAAAAGAAAACCACUCAACGAGCAGACGCGUUGGCCGAUGCGAUGGAUAUUGGAUUGUCGACAAAACAGGACGAUUACGACUUUUCAAUGGCU